AUGGACGCAAGAAGCUCCAGAGGUCAAAUCGGAGUUCAACUGACUGCCCUAGCUCCUGAAAAGCCAAAAGUAGCUCUUAUCGAUGAAAACGGCAAGCAACUUACGAAAGCUCAACGUAAAAAGCUCAAGAAAAAGCGAAGAAAAGAGGAAAAGCGCAGUGAAAAUGACUCAGGUCAUGAGACUGGCUAUCAAACAGUCGACCACGAGAAUGAUAACAUGAUGGAAGACUCGGAUGAUGACGACAAAAAGGGUGAUGAUAAGGAAAAACUCUCAAAGAAGAAGCUCAAAAAACAAUCAAGGCUGACUGUUGCCGAGUUGAAGCAGAUUGUCGAACGACCUGAUCUUAUUGAAAUGCACGAUGUUACUUCCAUGGAUCCAAAGCUUCCUGUCCUCCUAAAAUCUGGCCGUAAUAGCGUCCCUGUACCACGUCAUUGGUCUUACAAGCGAAAAUAUCUCUCCGCAAAGCGUGGUAUUGAAGAGCCCCCAUUCGAGCUCCCCGAGUUUCUGGAAUCAUGGAAAUGCGAGAGGCGCUUCAACAAAAAGAAGCCGAACAAUCGACGAAGAAAAAAGUGCGACAGCGAGUUCGACUAA